GUCAAUUUUUCAUCACGGCGCAGCGCGAAGGGUGUUUUUACUUGAAAAUCGAAAAUUCAUUCACGCUAAAAUUUAUUGAAUCACAAUUUAUAUACUCAAAGCAGCCGUAAUUUAAAGAUUGUGGAGAAAACCGUUAAGCACAGCGCAUAAAAAUCAAUAAGGAAAUUCACUAAAAUCUAUAUACAAAAAGAAAAAGAUUCUGCCUUUAGUGUGUGUGCGUGCGUGCGUGCGUAUGUGAUUUUUUUUCUGGUGUGUGUCGAUUUUGUAAUUCGGAAACGCGAUGCGAACGCGAGCAUGAAUUUCGUUUUACGCCUUUGGCUGCAGUCGAAAUCGACGAUUGGCAGCACGCGCUGACGCCGACAACGGCAUCCACAAACCAAUCGUAUAGAUGUGCGGACGCAGUAACGACGGCAGUGACAGCGACAGCGGCKGAGGCAGCCCACUAAACGGUGUGUAAGAAGUGCCAAAGUGGAUUUGGCUGUGCUCGCGCGCUUGUGUGCGUGUGCGUGUGUGCGCGCAAAUCUGUGUGUGAGAAAAUUUUAUCGGAAYUCGGAGCGUAGAAAAAUCUAUUGACGGAGCGCGUGGUGUUUGUGCCCCAGACAAGUGAGUGCGAGCAGAUUUUCGAAAAAUAUUCAAUGGAACGUUUUGCAGUAAACAAGAUAAAAAUAACCCGAAAACACUAUAAGGUACAGCAACAAAAGUAACACAACAAAACAAUGACAUUAAACGAACAGUGUAUAGAAAGGAACAGACAGAAAAACAUUGUUAAUAUAUGCCCCAAAAAAUAUCUUCGAAAAAACGAAUAAUCAUAAUAACAACAAACACAUCGUCUUCCCAGUGAAUUAAAUGCACAAAUAAUUAAAUCGAAACACAUAAUAAAUUUAAACUUAAAAUAUUAAAUCAACAAAUYUAGAAGCAAUAAAACAAUUAUCAACCAUCGAGAACUGAGUGUAGAGAAGUUAAGCUUUUGGAACACCCUGCAAAAUYAACGCACCCAAAUUGAGAAGCAAUAAUCGGCAGCAGAGUAAGUUUCCGAAAAAAUUAUUAAUGCAUAAAAUUGUUGAGAAAACGUCGAGAAACUUACACCGAAUUGCGUUUGAGUGAAGCUUGAGUUUUAAUGCGGACAGUGGUGACGGUAGCAGUGUGGCAGCGCGGCGAUACCGGAUGGCAGAUAACACAGACCCUCGAUAUCGUGGGCGGCUCUGUUGAGGCAUGUCGUAAUGGCCAGAGAGGAGUCUCGUGGCAAGAGACCCCUUAAAAUUUGGGAUAGUUGGCGAAAUGUGCGCAAAGGCGUAGUUGUUGGAACAUUCGAGGAACUAUUAGUUAGAGGAAAAGAUAAAUUAGGGGUUCCUGCCUCAGAACCGGUGCGUCUUGUUCUGGAGUGCGAUGGAACCCAAAUUGAGGAUGGCGAAUAUUUUCGUACAUUGACGAACAACACGGUGCUACUAUUGUUAAGGCAGGGCGAACGCUGGUAUCCAACUGGUGUUGAUGUUAUAAAAGCUGCGAUAUCAGCUAUACCCAAGAUCGUCUGUGAGACGAUUCAUGCGCUCGACUUACACGAUGAGACGCCAUCUUGGAAGAUUAUGGAUAAUAAGGGUCGUGUCACGGUGGUCCUGCAUUGGGACCAGCGUCAGGGAGGUGGAGGCAGUGGAGGAGGAGGAGGCGGCGGCGGCGGAGGAGGUGGAGGCGGUGUCGGCGGCGUUGGUGGCAUGGGACCGAGCGGUAGUGGUGUCAGCGGCAGUAACGGACUCAUGUCAUCGGACAAAUAUUCACCAUCGAAGAAAGGUUUAUCGGCGCAAAGUUCGCUCGAUACCAAAUCGGUGUCGUCACAAUCGUCACAGCAACGCUAUGCCAGCCCACAAAUAACCGUCAUCAGUGAUGAGGGACCGGCUAGCAUAUACCAUCCGGGCGGUGUGGUGCUGCCACCCGGCGUUGUAAUACCCGGCACCAGCAGACGCCUAUCUAAACAGGGCAGCUCAUUUGAUAGCGCCGUGGGGGCGGUGCAUGUGCAUACACCGGAAUGUGCGCAUCAUGCGCAUACGCCCAGUCGGGCGGGCAGUCCCAGCACCACGGAAUGCGAUUUUCAUUGUUGUGCGCUGCACGAGGAGGGACGCAAAAUUGCGGUGCACAAAAGUGUGGCCACAUCGCCCAUACAGGACGGCACCACAAGUCCCCAGCCGCAGCAACAACAAGCGACGCUAUCUAUGUCAUCGGUUGUGGAUCCUAUGAUGGGCGGCAGCAUGCAACGACGCUCAUCGGGCGUCAAAGGCCAUGUACGCUUUCUGGAUAUAGCGCCGGAGCGUGAUAGCUCCGAGAGCGAAACAGAAAACACCGUCAUGGAGGAUGAUAAGACGACGACUGAAAAAUUCCUGCUGCUCAUCGAUCAGCUGUCUGUCGAUCAGAAACGACAUCUCAGCAUCAAAGAUAUCGGCAUCAUAUUGGAGCGACUCAACUCGAAAAUACUCGACGUGGAGCGGCUGGAUCGCGAAUCGGAAUCGGACGAUUGCUAUAAUUGGACGAUAAAGGCGACAAUACGCGGUGAUGCGCUGCGCGAGCUGGGCGUCAUCUACAAUGGUAACUACUACGCCAUAUCCGAACAUCCCGGCUACAAGGAGGAGGUCGAAGAGAAUGGCGAAGAGGUGGAGGAGGARGAUGAAGAGGAUAGAAUAUAGAAAUGCAAUUAAUUAAAUUUAAAGAAACAACAAAAACCAAAUGAGCAGUUUAAGCAUUAAAACAGAACUCACUCACACACACACACACCAACGCAUUUACAAGCAAAAAUAUUAUAAAAAAUAAACUAAAGAAUCAGCUAACAAAACGAAAUGUGUAAUAACAAGGAAUGUGUGAGUGCAAAUACUGAU